UAAAGGCAGCAGAGCAUCAAGAAAACUUAACAUUGUGAACUUUUCUUUGUGAAAGUGCGUGAAUUUUUAUAUUUUGUACCAUUCUUUGAAGAUUCAACAAGUAAAAAAAGAUGGCUGUUAACCCACGUUACAGUGACUAUCGGCUCGAGGAGCAUUACGAUAUUUCAGAAAAAGAAAAAUUUAGGAUGAAUAUGCAUUUAGCGAGAACAUUCGAAAAAAAAAUUGAUGAAGAUAAAUAUGCUGAUUUAUUCAUGGAUGAAACUCAAUCUGAUGUAACAUUCCUAGUUGGACCAAAACGAUGGACUAUUCCUGGACACAAAGAAGCAUUGAGCUCUGCAUGUUGGAUAUUUAACGUUGCAUUAUGUUUGCUGAAAUUGGACAAAGACGAAAUAAUCAUUGAGGACGUGAAACUCAAUGAUUUUCUAUUAUUUCUGGAACUCCUGUACAAAGGGAAUAUUAGAGUGGACAUCGCAAUUGCGUGGGAUUUACUUAAAUUAGCUUACAGAUUUGAUGUAGUGUAUAUUAUAAAUAUGUGCGAACUGUUCCUAGGGGAGGAAUUAAAAUUUAAAAACUGUUGUUAUUAUUAUGAAAGAGAUACAUUUCUGAAGGAAGAUUCAGAACUUAAAAAAUUUUAUUCUUUUAUGUUACAUAAAUGGAAUAAUUCCCUUCUUAUUAAUGAGUUAAAAAAUAUCCCAUUAGGAAUGAUGAUACGUAUACUUCAAUCAGAGAAUCUAAAUUAUACUGAAAUUAAAUUGUUUAAAAUAUUAUUAAAUUGGGCAAAAGAAACUUGUAAAAAGGAAGCAAUUCCGAUUGAUUCAAGAAAUCUUCGCAGAAUUAUGGGUGAUGCUUUCUAUGAGAUUCGUUUUCCAACGAUGUCAAUAGAGAGCUUUAACAAUAUCCUUGAAGAUUUUUCAAGUUUAUUUACCACAGAAGAGAUUUCUAUGAUUAUCAAAUGCAUAAAGGGUAAGAAAGAGUCAUGUGGAAAAUUUAAAAACAAUUUUAGGUCGUAUUGUAAAUUAUAUCAGUCAAUCUGCGAAGUUGAAAGAAAAGUAAGAGAAUUGAAAGAAAUUUUCUCGCAAGAUGACAAAAAACGACUCUUUUGCAUUUAUACAGAUAUAUCUUUAACAGGUUGCACGAAUUUGUUUCUGUACUUUAAAUUUAGAAGUGAAUGUUCAAGAAAUCUUCUUGGAUAUGGAUUUUAUUCCGAAGAUGAAGGAAAUUUAAUUGCCUUAUGUACUCACGUUGUUCUUGAUUCAGAUGUUGGAAGAAAAUUGAAUAUUAAAUGUAAAAUUAGCCCCAAAAAACAUAACGAUAAUGGCUAUUUUUACAGAGAAGUCUAUUUUAACGAAAGAAUUCAAAUAGAACCAAACUCAUUGUACACAUUAUACUUAUCAAAAUAUUCUAAUUUAGAAUAUUUGUCUAAACUUUGUCACGAACCUAUUGAAGAAACCUGCUAUAAUGCAGAUUUAAAAAUAAAACACUUUAUGUGUUACAGCUUGGAUUACUAUCGAUACGACUACCUACUGCCCGCACAUUGUUUAAUAUUUGAUAGAUAAAUUGUAGGUACUGCUUACAGAUACAGAAUAUUAAUAAAAAAAAUUCUCUAAAAAAUUGUUUUUUACUACUAUUUACUACUUUUUGUUGUAAUCAAAAGAAUACUUAUCAAACAAAAAUAUUAUUAUAAUAAAUAAUACAUAAUCGAAGGCUAAUCAAUAAAAGGUCGUAAGUCCACAAAAGUGAAUUUUACAGGAGAGCCGAAAAACGAUAUUGAAGAAAACCCCGACCGGAGGGGUCGUGGAAACAAAAAUUCUUUUUUUUUAUUCACGAGAUUUUCUCUACACCAAUAUUUGUUAGAUUUUGAUUCACUUCUAUGGCCAAAUGAUGAGCAGACUCUUUUAUGAUCUGUCCAGAAAAUCCCUCUUUCCUUGUUUAGCCUUCAAUAUUUUAAAACAUUCCUUCUGUGAGUUUUUCCUGAUCUAAGAAAAUUUUAAA